AUGGCUGCCGAAAGGCGCAGGCAGGGUAGAGACGAGGAUGACGUCACACCACAGAGGCCGUCGGUUAACGAUGCGAACGAAGUAAGCGACAAACUUCCAACGUCGCCGCCAUACGAUCUUCGUCUAACUGUAGUCGGUGCUUCCAACAUUGCAAUCGCAGAUUUGCGUGGUACCUCAGACCCUUACAUCAUAGGGAAGCUGAAAAACGUUAAAGGCCUGAUCCCAGAAGUCGGAAAAGCCAGCCGUAUCCAUUUCAGAACCUCGACCAAGGCCAAGACUAGAGAUCCGGAAUGGCGAGAGACAUGGAGGUUUGGCGGUGUGCGGGAGGGCACUUAUAUCAAAUUAAAACUCUUCGACGAGGAUGGUAAACAGGCUGUUGACGAUAAGCUGGGUAGCAUCAAGCUUGUUCUUCGAGAUUUUGAAAAUAAUCUUCUAGAUGGCUUGGAGCACACAAGGCACAUCCCCAUCAGAGGAUACAAGGGAAAGAAGCACAUCCAAGUGCUCACUGCAUUCUUUGACCUCUGCAACCCAGAGGCUUACAUGGACUCCCCGGAGCCUCAUAUCACUAUCAAUCUUCAACUUCUCCCACCGACAUACCCUUCUAAUCUAUUGACACAUCUUGUCAGUCCCACAAGAUACUCUGUUCAUUAUUCUCCUCUUGCAAAUCUUGUUACUACCACUCCCUCAAAAAAGAAGCAAAACACCUCCGAAGCACAAGAGGUACCUCCAGACGCGGCUUCACAUCCCUCUACUUCCUUCAAAGCAUAUAAAAUUGCUCUUGUCCAUCCACCGCCUUCAAAGUCCCUCCAAUUCCACGCCGACAUGUCUCACUCCAAGGCUUUUGAUCCCUCGAAGCUUCAUUACCGCUUCUUUCGUCACCUCGUUCGCAAGCAAUAUCAGAACAUCUAUGGUCAUGACAACAAUACCGUUUAUGGCGCUUGGGAUGACUCCAACGAUGUCGGUCAGGGCCUAGUCGAUCUUCUUCAACCAGUCGAGAACAAACUUUUCACAUUCGUUAUCACUACCAAUGGAGAAUGGCGCUUCUGCGAGACCGGAGAUGAGUAUAAGAUCAAUCACCUCAGCAAGCACGGGAUGCACUCCAAUGGUGAAGAGAAAGUUGCCUGGAGCGGUGAAUUCUUCAUUCGUUUUGACAGGGACGUCACAGUAGAAGAUGUCAAAGAUGCUAAGAUGUAUGCUCGAGAUGAAGAGCAAGCUAAAGUUGGUGGAGAAAAAGCUAAUAUCGCUGGAGUUCAACCCCAAGGACGUUGGAAGAUCUAUUUGGACAACGAUAGCGGAACUUACUCUCCUGAUAAGGAAAAGAUUGCGACUUUCCGCGAGUUCAUGGCUCAGAACCUCAAGGGCAUUGAAGUCGUUGUCAAGAAUUUCAAGGAUGAAGGGUUGAUGCGAGCUAAGAAGGAGCAAAAAGGAGAAGACGCUGAUAGUGGUAACCAAGUAAAGGGCAAAAAUACCGAAGACGAACAGCACGACCAAAAUAAACCGGAAGGAAAAGAAGAAGGCGUUCAAGGCGAGCCAGCCAACGAUGAGCCAGACAAUGGUCAACCAGCCACGACCGUCCCAAAGCGUAAACCUCGUCGACUCAUCAGCAUUUUGAAGGAAGAGAACGAACGACGCCUUAAUAUUGAACGAGAGCAGGCUCAGAAGGAACGUCGGGCUCGUCGUGGCUCUAACUACAGCUCUGAUCCCGACGAAAACCCUUAUUGA